AACACAUGCGGGAAACCAAAAACGAUUACCUCCAUUUUUCACCGCGCGCGACAUCCAAAAUUUUCCCGCAAGAAUCCACAGUCCCGCCAUUAAUCUUUCUUCAAAUAAUGUUUCUAUGUCCCAACUCCCAAACACCCACUCAACACGCACACCACACCAGUUUUCCUUUCUCCGAAGAACACAAAAAAGAAACAGUGGGUCAAAAAAUUCAAUCUGUCGAAGAAAUGGACAUGUCAGAGAUAGCCAAGAAGUUGGGCCUUUCUGAAUCCAAACACCUCAUACGUAAGGCAGCUGAGCUUCGCCGCCUUGCCGAUAUACAGUUUGAUUCCUCCGUAAUCGGCGUUGGUGAAGUUUGCAAGGCCGUAAUUUGCCUGGAGAUUGCUGCUUCUAGGAUGGAUGUUAUAUUUGAUCGGCAAGCUGCAAUAAGAUUGAGUGGGGUGUCCGAAAAAGCUUACAAUAGGUCCUUCAACUCAAUGCAGAAUGGCAUUGGUCUCAAGAAUAAGCUUGAUAUAAGAGAAUUGGCCAUUCAAUUUGGGUGUGUAAGGCUCAUCCCUUUUGUGCACAAAGGCAUGUCUUUGUAUAAAGAAAGAUUUCUUGCUUCAUUGCCUCCUUCGCGUAGAAAUGGCACAGAUUUCAGCAGGCCAGUUUUCACUGCUGUAGCAUUUUACCUUUGUGCCAAAAAACAUAAGCUCAAGGUAUCAACAUCAAUGAUGGAUCUAUGCUUUGAUGCUUUUGGAAUAGCAAAAGAGAAGAAGGAUCCUAAAAAAAUCAAGGGAAACCGAGAGCUUCUUGAUGUAUUGCCUGAAAAAAGGAGACUUGAGGAUGGUAGCUGUUUUGAUGAUGAUGAGCCUUCACCUUAUAAAAAACGCAAGCAAAUGGAGAAGCAAGACCAUGAUGAAUGGAAAUCUGCUGUUCUGAAAAGUAAUAAACUCAACAGAACAGAUGCUCUUGCUAAGGGGACCAAACUCAAACAAGGGACACUUGAUUUUCUGAAGAGAAGUGCUUCUGCAACGACAACAGAAGCUUCAUGACACUCUUUUUUGCAGGAUUUUUAUGUUAUUAAAAGAAUCGAAAUUCCAUUGAUUUUUUCUUGGUUGUGCGGCUUGUGCUCAAGAUGGAGGCGUCAAUGAUGCUAAAAUUGAGAAUUGUAAUGAUAAGUUUGAAGGUAAUUUGUGGUUAUAUUUUGAUUUGCAUUACUUGUAUAUGAAUGAAUUUUACACUAAAGAAAUGUGUAGAUACGCAUAAUUUUCGGUUUCGAUCAUUCACCUACAGUUUCUUUUAGGUUUGACCAUGUAAAAGGCUACAUGCUUGAGUGGAGGGGUUGUAGACUUGUAGCUAGUU